GUUUUUUUACAUGUGUGUGUUGUUGUGUAGAGAGGAGUGGACCAAAGCCAUCCAGACUGUGUCCGACAGUCUGCAGAAACAAGAGGAGGAGCUGAUGGACGCGUCUCCAGAACACAUGGACAUGGAGAUGUUUCUGACCAAACCCCGGCUCAAAUAGACUAUGCAUGACUUCGAAUACCUCAAACUGCUGGGAAAAGGCACUUUUGGGAAGGUGAUUCUGGUGAAGGAGAAGGCAACGGGAAAAUAUUACGCCAUGAAAAUCCUCAAGAAAGAAGUGAUUGUAGCCAAAGAUGAAGUGGCUCACACACUCACAGAGAACCGUGUGCUGCAGAACUCCAAACACCCCUUCCUCACGGCUCUGAAAUACUCUUUCCAAACCCACGACCGUUUGUGUUUCGUCAUGGAGUACGCAAACGGAGGAGAGCUUUUCUUCCACUUGUCUCGGGAUCGGGUUUUCUCGGAGGAUCGCGCGCGUUUCUACGGAGCCGAGAUCGUGUCUGCGCUGGAUUACCUGCAUUCAGAGCGAAACGUGGUCUACAGAGACCUGAAGCUGGAAAACCUGAUGCUGGAUAAAGACGGUCACAUUAAGAUCACUGACUUUGGCUUGUGUAAGGAGGGGAUCACAGACGGAGCCACGAUGAAGACCUUCUGUGGGACUCCAGAGUAUCUGGCUCCUGAGGUAUUUCAGACAAAUGAUUACGGUCGUGCGGUGGACUGGUGGGGUUUUUUGGGUGUGGUGAUGUAUGAGAUGAUGUGCGGCCGUCUGCCGUUCUAUAACCAGGAUCACGAGCGUCUGUUUGAGCUCAUCCUGAUGGAGGACAUCCGCUUCCCUCGAACACUCGCACCCGACGCCAAAUCCCUGCUGUCCGGCCUGCUCAAGAAAGACCCCCUACAACGAUUGGGAGGUGGCCGGCAAUUCUUCACUGGAAUUGUGUGGCAAGAUGUUUAUGAGAAGAAGCUGGUUCCUCCGUUCAAACCGCAGGUGAGCUCAGAAACAGACACCAGAUAUUUCGACGAGGAGUUCACAGGACAGACCAUCACCAUCACGCCGCCGGGACAAGAUGACAGCAUGGAGUCGUUCGACAGCGAGAGGAGGCCACACUUCCCACAGUUCUCCUACUCGGCCAGCGGAACGGCCUGAAGCUUCCCGAAGAUCCCCGACCUCACAGAAACAGCACAACUGCUCUGAGAUCAGACGUUCA